AUGACCAUGAAAUUCUUCAAUGUCAUUGUUUUGGAAUGGAGGUCAUGUGAAGCCGAUGACCAAAAUCUUUGCGAUCUGAAUUCAUCAUUCAAUUCAAAUAUCUUAAAUUUGACUCAGUCCGAUAUUCGAUAUUUAAAUGUGAUCAAUUUAAAUUCAAAUAUUGCAAAACGGAAUGAAUGUAUAUGGAUGAUCGAUUCAUACACCGCUACUAAAACAAUUGAUCUCUCUCGUCUUGUAUUGUCACCAAACGAUAACUUCACAAUUACAACUCUUGUUACGAUAAAAAAUGAAACAAAGCUCGUCACCAUUUAUGACAAUCAUAAUAUUACUCGUAAAAAAUAUUCAUCUGGCCUUCUGCUUAUUGAUCGUUACAAUAAAUUCAACAUUACACUUAAAUUGGAUUCAAAUGAUAAAACAUUCAAACGAGCAUUUCAAAUUAUUUUAUAUUUGGAUUAUCCAGAUGUUUAUUUGAUGAAAGAUAGUGGAUCAUUAGCAUUACCAAUCAAUCAAGAUUUAGCAUCAGCUAUAACAAAUGAAUUCAUUCUAAAACCAAGUCCUCAAUAUUCUGAACGAUUGAUCAUGCUAACAUUUGACGAAAAGCCAGCUGUAAACUUUAGUAUGGACGGAAAACAAUAUGAUUCAACUAAUCUCCCCGAUAUUUAUAUGGGUAAAAUUGAUGGUAUCCGUUUUAACUUGAAAGAAUUCAAAGUCAAUCCGAAUAAACCAAUCGUAAUCAAUUAUUGGCUUGUAACAGCAAGUUGUAGUAAAGAAAUUGAAUUAGAUGGUAAAAAUUCAUCUGCUUCGAUUAUUUAUCCGGACGAACAAGAUCGUCAAAAUCAAUUGUUAACAUCAAUGGUUUGUGCGCAAAUAUUCAGUAACAAAGAUGGCAAAUUUUAUCAGUUAAUGAUCACCGACGAGACUACUAUCUUACCGAAUCCAGCCGAUCUAAUAACCAUAUAUAACUUACCAAAAAUAGAAGUUAUACAAACAAUUCAAUCUUUAUUCAUUCCUUUGAUUAAAACCGUCAAUACAUUCUUGGAAUAUGAAAAAAUUCUGGUCAUCUAUGAAUCACCAUAUGCAAAUUCGACCAUUAAUCAUACGGUUCCGAUCAAAUUGGCAUUAACUAAUAACAUGUCAUUCAUAUUGGAUAGUGUUUCCUCUAAUCAACAGAUCAAUAUUCAAAAAACGAAUCAAGAAAUGAAAUUCAUCUACAAUUUUUAUUCUUCGCUUGGUGAAAAUUUGAUAGUUAACAUCGAGUCCCAAGAUAAACUUGAUAAUAAUAAGAUGAAAAUUGCCAUCUAUGACACGGAUAUUUAUGGUCCAAAGAUAAAACCAUUAGUAUUUUUAGAUCAAUUCAAUGUUUUACCAUCAGCGAUAGCUGUAAAUAAAGCCGAAAUGCGUAUUGAAAUCUGGGGUAUAUUGUCGCAAAUCCAAUUCAACAUUAAACAUGUAAACGAUAAGGAUUGUCAAUCCGUUUCCAGUUAUAAUCCAAAUUUUCAAGUUUCAAGUAACCGUAAUUGUUCAUGGUUCAUUACCCGUAAUGAUUCUAACAUCGAAAAUACGGUAUUAAGUACGAAUUCUUUGGUUUUACCUGAAGGUUCAUCGUUAAUUGUAACACGUUUGGCUGCAAAAAGUUCAACACAAACCUUUAAAGGUCCAAUACAUGAAUCAUAUCUUGCCGAUUUUGUCAUGUCAUCUUCGCAGGAUUAUUUGGUGGAAUUUAUUGUCAAUGAAAGCAAUAAAAAUAACGAUACUAAUAUUUUUAUAGUAAAAAAGAGAUUUUUAUUAGUAAUAAUGGGUUUUUUCGGAUAUAAUAUUCUUUAUAUGCUUCGUGUGAAUCUAUCUGUUGCAAUUGUAUCGAUGGUGAAUCAUAAUAAUGGUCGACCCAAUCCACCAUUAAUACAAGGAAAUAGCAAUGAAUCUAAUUCCAUAGCUAUUAUGAACGUGAUAAUUGAUAAAAAUGAUAAAUUUGAUUGGGAUGAAAACAUUCAGGCACUGAUUUUGAGUAGCUUUUUUGCCGGUUAUGUUGUAACACAAUUUCCCGGUGGAAGAUUAGCUGAUAUAUUUGGUUCAAAAUGGCUUUUUGGCUUAGGCAUUAUGGCUACAUCAAUUUUGACCAUAAUUAGCCCGUUUGCAGCUCGAAUACAUUAUACAGUAUUUAUUGGUUGUCGUGUAUUGGAAGGGUUAUUCGAAGGACUAGCAUAUCCCAGUAUGCAUUCAAUGUUUGCAAAAUGGAUUCCAUUAUAUGAAAGAAGCCGAAUGUCAACAUUUAUGUAUUCAGGAUCCCAGAUAGGAACCGUACUGACAAUGCCUGUUGCUGCAUUAUUAUGUGAUUCAGAAUUUUUUGGCGGUUGGCCAUCAGUAUUUUAUGUUUUUGGAUCCAUUGGAUUAAUUUGGUCGGCAAUCUGGUUCAUGACAGUUCAUGAAACGCCGGAAAUCCAUCCAACCAUUCAACGAGAAGAGCUAGAUAUGAUCAUAGCCAACCGAAAUAAUGAUCUGACAGGAAAAAAACGGAAAAUGCCAUGGCGAUCAAUUGUCACAUCGGUUCCCUUAUGGGCAUUGAUUAUAGCACAUUUCGGACAAAAUUGGGGAUUCUAUACAUUUUUAACACAAUUGCCACGUUAUUUCCAAAAUGUUUUACAUUUUGAUAUCAAAAAAAACGGACUUUAUUCAUCAUUACCAUAUUUAUGUCAAGCAAUUGUUGGCUGUAUGGCUGGAUAUAUAUGUGAUAAACUUUAUGCUAGCCAAUCAUUCAGAUUAGGAACAUUGAGAAAAACGGCUAAUACAUUGGCAUUUAUGGGACCAACAAUUUGUUUAUUAUUAUUGAUACAAAUAGGUAAUAAUGAUCCAAAAUGGUGUAUUAUAUUAUUCACAAUGGCAUUGGGUAUGAAUGGAAUGUUUCUCGCUGGUUAUCAUGUAACACAUGUAGAUAUGUCACCAACAUAUGCUAGUACAUUGAUGGGUAUUACAAAUUGUUUCGCAAAUUUGGCCGGUAUAUUUGCACCAUACGUUGUUGGAAUCAUAUUAACAAAUGUUCAAAUCGAACAACAACAACAACAAUCAUCAUUAUUAUCGAACGAUGGAUGGAAUCAAGUAUUCUAUGUAUCAUGUAUUAUUUAUACAUUAUCGGCUCUAAUAUUUAUGUUAUUCGGUUCUAAUGAACGACAAAUAUGGGACAAAAACAUACCUGAUAAUGAUAAUGAUGAUAUUUGA